AAGAGAAGGUAACGCCGCUCGCUUCCCCAUUGGAGGAGGUGUGACAUCACAACUGCUUGCCGCCGCUCUAGGACCGGGCACUCGCUCGCCUUAAUCCUGAGAGGCCACGGGAGAUUCUGGCGGCGGGAAAUCCAGACGUCCCCCGGGUGGGGUGGGGUUCUUUCCGUGCAAAGGGAUGCAAAGGAGGGAUGUGAGAAAGGAACAGGAGCUUCCCCUUUGGUCCACUAGAGGGCGAACGUUUCGGCUGCUUUCCAGAGGAGGCUGCGAACGGAGGGGCGUCCUCGAGCCUUUUCCUCUCUAGAACGUAACACUCGCUCUCCUUAACCCUUGGAGUUCCGCAGGCGCUGAAAAGGCUGCAGGAGAGAUUUGCAAGGGAGGCAUCAAGACCUGAUGUUGUGUGGGGACUCUUCCCAUGCGAAGAGAGGCCGUGGAGAAAGAGAGACACGUGCCCAGCCCUCCUCCGGGUUCAGUCCCGGAUCGCAUGCAUGAUGGAUGAAACCAUCCUCCAUUCAGAAGUUAAUCCCUGCAACUUCAGGACCAUCCAAUACCAGGAGGCUGAGGGUCCCCGAGGACUUUGCAGCAAGCUCCACAACUUUUGUAGGCGAUGGCUGAGACCAGAAAAGCACACCAAAGCCCAGAUGCUGGACCUGGUGGUUCUGGAGCAGCUCCUGGCUCUUCUGCCCCCAGAGAUGGAGGGCUGGGUGCGGGAGUGUGGAGCAGAGAGCAGCUCCCAGGCGGUGGCCCUGGCAGAAGGUUUCCUCCUGAGCCAGGCGGAGGAGCAGAAAGAACAGGUUGAGUUGCAGUGCUGCACUGUGGAGAUCAGAGAUCCUGCAGGAAAGAAGAAUCCAUCAAAUCCCCCUCAGGAGCCAUUUUGCAGGAGGAUCCCUUGGGAAGAUCCAAGUCGGGACACCUCAGGAGGCAAUUGAAGGAUCUUCAGAUUACCCAUCUGUCUUACCUUCACUAUCUUUUGUCUUCUAUAGAAUAUUUCCUCCA